AAACCCAUCCCCCCAUUUCAUCCUCCUAUGCCUCUCUUUUCUUUGUUUUUGUACCCCCAAUUGGCAUAACAAAAUUACACCACAUUUUCAUCCAAAAAUGAGAGAAAUUCUCCACAUCCAAGCUGGCCAAUGUGGCAACCAAAUUGGUGGCAAGUUUUGGGAGGUUGUGUGCGACGAACACGGCAUCGAUGCCACCGGAAAUUUCGUCGGAGAAUCUCAACACCAAAUUGAAAGGGUGAAUGUGUACUACAAUGAGGCUAGUGGUGGCCGGUAUGUCCCAAGGGCCGUGCUUAUGGAUCUUGAGCCCGGUACAAUGGACAGCCUACGUACUGGGCCCUACGGUAAAAUCUUCAGGCCCGAUAACUUUGUUUUCGGCCAAAAUGGUGCCGGAAACAAUUGGGCCAAGGGACAUUACACCGAAGGAGCUGAACUAAUAGAUUCAGUCCUCGAUGUUGUCCGUAAAGAGGCAGAAAAUUGUGAUUGCUUACAAGGGUUUCAGAUUUGUCAUUCGCUUGGAGGUGGGACGGGUUCGGGAAUGGGGACUCUGUUGAUAUCUAAGAUCAGAGAAGAAUACCCUGAUCGGAUGAUGUUGACAUUCUCCGUCUUCCCUUCACCUAAGGUCUCCGACACCGUUGUGGAGCCUUAUAAUGCCACCCUCUCCGUCCACCAGCUGGUUGAAAAUGCAGAUGAAUGCAUGGUUCUUGACAAUGAGGCUCUCUAUGAUAUCUGCUUUCGCACGCUCAAGCUUACCAAUCCAAGCUUUGGAGAUUUGAACCACUUGAUCUCAACAACCAUGAGUGGAGUGACAUGCUGCCUCCGGUUCCCCGGUCAACUCAACUCCGAUCUCCGGAAACUCGCCGUAAACCUCAUCCCCUUCCCGCGCUUACACUUCUUCAUGGUAGGCUUUGCGCCCUUGACUUCACGUGGAUCACAUGAUUACCGUGUCCUAACAAUCCCAGAACUCACCCAACAAAUGUGGGACGUAAAGAACAUGAUGUGCGCCGCGGAUCCACGCCACGGCCGCUACCUCACCGCCUCCGCCAUGUUCCGUGGCAAGAUGAGCACCAAGGAGGUGGACGAGCAGAUGAUCAAUGUGCAGAACAAGAACUCAUCCUACUUUGUUGAGUGGAUCCCCAACAAUGUGAAGUCAAGUGUGUGUGACAUCCCGCCCACCGGGUUGACCAUGUCGUCCACGUUCAUGGGCAACUCGACGUCGAUUCAGGAGAUGUUCCGGCGAGUCUCCGAGCAGUUCACGGUCAUGUUCCGGCGGAAGGCUUUCCUGCAUUGGUACACUGGGGAGGGAAUGGAUGAGAUGGAAUUCACAGAGGCGGAGAGUAACAUGAAUGAUUUGGUUUCGGAGUAUCAGCAGUAUCAAGAGGCGGUGGCAGAUAAUGAAGAAGAAGAGUAUGAUGAGGAGGUGAUGGAGAACUAGCUAAGAGCUAGGGUUUGAUCAUUCAUGGUUUGAAAAUUAAAUUUUAAGUUGUAUAUGUUGGGGCUAUAUAUAUAUAUAUAUAUAUUGUCAUUGCAUAUGCUUAAAUCUUAAUUUGGUGGUAAUUAAAUAAGGAGAUGAUUGAUUUUCUUUUCUUUUUUUUGUUUCUUUUUUGGAAUAUUGGAUUCUCUAUAUAUGUUCCAUUUUGUAUAAGUUUUACACAAUAUUUUGUCUGAUGGGUUGUUUAAUUGUUGUAUUUAAAUAUGUCUAUAUAUGUUGUCUCUCUUUAUUAAUUUUUAAUAAGAUGUCUCAAUAUCUUUCUUA